UGGUAGGGGUCAGUUAAAGAAAGAUAGAUACACAGUAGCAAUUCUGCGCGUUGAAACAAACGGAUUGGGAAUUCUCUCACGAGAGUCUCUGGGUCUCUACAUCGAGAGUAAUUGGAUUUGAGAGCACUGAUCCGCUGUCACCGUAUGGGCUGGGGCGCUUUCGGUAAACCCAUAUUCCUGCACCCCGCGCUCUGGCACUUGGCAUCGGGUCCAUCGUUCGCGUGACAGACCGGUUACAGAGAACAGCCGUUUUCACUCAGACGUUCUGACAUUGACAUGGCAGCACGUCCAGACUUCCAACGUGAGGGGAGGGGCGAGAAGAACCUGUCUCCCCUGUCUCGCCUCCCCCAUGAGCGGGUGACCCUGAUGGUGGACGGGACUCACUUUGUGGUGGACCCCGCCCUGUUCACCGCCCACCCUGACACCAUGCUGGGGAGGAUGUUUGGUCCUGCCCGUCACUUCACGCGGCCAAACGCCAAGGGAGAGUAUGAGAUCGCUGAGGGAAUCGGAGCCAGCAUAUUCAAAGUCGUCCUGGACUUUUACAAAGGGGGUAUCCUGCAGUGUCCAGAGGGGGUGUCAGUGUCGGAGCUCAGAGAAGCGUGUGACUACCUCUGUAUUAACUUUGACUACAGUACCGUCAGGUGCCGAGACCUCAGUGCGUUGCUGCAUGAGCUGUCCAACGACGGUGCUAAGCGUCAGUUUGAUGUCUUCCUAGAGGAGCUAGUUGUCCCAGUGAUGGUGUCCAGUGCUCAGGAGGGGGAGAGGGAGUGUCACAUCGUAGUUCUCACAGAUGAUGACAUAGUGGAUUGGGACCAUGACAACCCUCCACCCAUGGGAGAGGAGUACUCACAGAUUCUGUACAGCACCAAACUCUACCGCUUCUUCAAGUACAUAGAGAACAGAGAUGUGGCCAAAGCACUGUUAAAGGAGAGAGGACUGAAGAACAUUCGCAUCGGCAUUGAGGGGAUACUGAACAUGAUGUGCGUCUGGUCCUCAUGUAUCCCAGGGUACCCUACCUGUAAGGAGAAGGUGAAGCGCCGUCCCGGUGGGAGGUCAGAGGUCAUCUAUAACUACGUGCAGCGGCCCUUCAUCCAGCUGUCCUGGGAGAAGGAGGAAGGGAAGAGUCGACACGUGGACUUCCAGUGUGUCCGAAGCAAGAGUGUCCCCAACCUCAUCGCCUCACUGGGGGAGCCAACACGACCCGCAGCCACACUCAACCCGCAGGUCGAUGAGCUGGAUAGGCUGAUCAGCCCUGAUCCCCGCCCCCCAGUCUCAGGCCCCACCCCCACCCACCAAUGACAGUUGAGGAGAGGGUAGAAGUUGACCUUGGGUAUAGGUUUUUUUUUUGUUCCCCUUAUUGGUUAAGGUCAGGGUUUGGCAAGGUUAAGGUUGCGCUGAUACUAGGGCCUAGAUUCAAUCAGAUCAAGCAUUAACCAGCGAUAGACGACACCCGCAAAGCUGAUGUUUUGGCGUGUCGGAGAUGUAACUGGGUUGGAGCUGUCACAUCAGUGAGCAGCUGCUCUGGUGAUCUCAUGAAGCCACACCGUCCCACUUGUGUUAGAAGUUCAGACCGAGAAUUUGUAGGCUAUAUAGAAAUAAUGACGCUCAAAUUCAAAAUCAUUCAACAAAAUAAUGAGGAUUUCUAUCAGCCUAAUCGAGGUGCAGAUUACAUCUCAAAUUCCAGUGUUCUAACUUGUAAACAGGCCUGCAUGAGAUUUCUGUUAAUGCGACUCCGUGCAGCCAAUGGCAAUGUCCGCUUUAGGUAUAACGCCAGGAGCGCCUGUUGAUUUGACAGCUCUAAUGCAGUUCCACCUCUGACCUCUAUGCAGGUGUCAGCAAGCGCGGAUCUGAAAGAAUCUAGCCCUAGAUCUGUGUUUUGGGGCAACUUCUACCCGAGGCCGUCAUCAGUUACCACGUCAGCCUGUCUUCCACUCAGGAUGUGUGAGUUUACAGACACACUCAAACAAACCUCAAUGACCAUACAGUCCAACCCAUGUACGCAUACAGAAACAGAUGCGCAUGAAACACAGGCAUGUACACAUGUACGCACACAACCACACAUGGAUUAGGACAAGGAUGAUGUUUACAGCAGAUAACUAGACCCUACCAGAGUGUAUCUAGUGUUUCCUCAUUUAGAAUGUAUUAUGUCAUAAUAAGUGUGUGUGUGUGUUUGUGUGCUCUUUUUUUCCUUUUAUGACCGAUUACUUUUUAUAUACUUUGUACAUUUAUAUAAAGGUUGCAGUUAAUAUUAUUGUUUAAAGUAUUUCCAUCGUUUUUUUGUUCAAAUAAUUUGUUCAAGUGAUUGUCGCAGCUGCACGGGAAACCGAAAUAAAAUGACUGAUGGCAUAGCUAA